CUCGGGACGCGGCGGGAAGCGACAUCAUCCCGGCGGACGAAACCUUCCCUUCCCUGCAGGAAGAACCGAGCGCUACCGCGGCUCCCGAAGUGCCCGGCCGGGGAUGCUCGGCCCGGGCCCGGCGCGGCGGUGACGCGGUGGAGGCGGAACGGGGCCGGCCCGGCCAUGCCGAAACGCUCCUGCCCCUUCGGGGAGGCGGCCCCGCUCCAGCUGAAGACCCGCGUGGGGCUGCGGGAGCUGAGCCGCGGCGUGCGGGGCGAGGAGUACCGGCGGGAGGUGUUCGAGAGGACGCGGCGGCUGCUCUUCAGAGGGGCCCAGACGUACAUGGAAGGCGCCGGUCCCGCCGCCGCCCGCCCGGCGGAGCCGCAGCCGCCCGGGGAUGCGCAGGGAGGGGGGCCCCGCUGGAACGGGCAGCUCCUCAUCGGCCACGACGGGAAACUGCUGCGGCGGCCCGCGGAGAGGGUUCCAACCGUGGGAGCUUCCAGAGCCUGCUCGUCGUGUGUAAGAACCACUGAUGUCAAGGAGGCGUGCACGCAGUGUGACCGGUUUGUCUGCCAGAGCUGCAGCAGGCUCUGCAGCUGCUGUAACAGGGUUACCUGCUCUUUGUGCUCCACUAUUGAUUAUGCUGAUGUGGGAGAGCAAGUUCUCUGCAAUGGUUGUUCAAUAUUUCAAGUCUGAAACUUGAUGAAAUAAGCCUUGUGGCUAAAAUGUCCAUGAAUUCCAUGAAGUCUUCUUACAACUGGUCAAUUAAUCCUUUUAGCAUGUGAAUUAGUUAUGGAAUUUCUAUGUUUUAUACCUUUAUAUUGUACUUUUAAAUAUUGCAGCUAAAUAAACAUGUAUAUUUUAAAGAUUU